AUGUUACAAGUCACUAUGAAGGAUCGGGUCUCAAACCACUUCACUGACAAACGUAGAAUGGAAGACGUUUAUUCCUCAUCUAAAGGUCUUUCUAUGCUGCUUUCAGCUGUUGCACAACCUCUGGUCUCUGAAGAUGAGUUGGGACUUGAUUGGAGUAAACAAGAAUCAACAGAUAUACUUGUUGAUUCUGCUGGAAAUUCACCGUCAUCUUUACUAUCGAUGGAUGAGGACAGCUCUUCAUUAUCGAAUAUUUCAACAUUCGGAGAAGGGUGCGAUAUAAAUGCUACAUCCUUUUCGACAUAUGAAAACUUCCUCGCUUUCACAGAUCCAGCAUGCCAUACAUAUAUGAAAGAGGAAAAGACUGUACAUUCACAAAGGCGGCCGAUAAUGAUGAGGAAACGGCUGCGGGAAUGCUCGAUGGUAUGCUGGCUAUUCCGAACGCUCUUAACAUCUGAAUACCGUGCGUUACCCCUGAACGCUAUAUUUGAAAUAUUCGAAGAUACAAAUCCGUCAUCAGCUCAUGGUCGACAUUGGAGGCAGUCUAUACGUCAUUGUCUUAUGUCAUCAGCAGUUUUCGUUCGUGUUUUAACACCAAACCCAAGGAAAGAUUUCCUCGUUAUGAACGAGGCAGGCUCUUGGUGGACCGUUCAUCCAGACUGUGAAACAGCAUGCGCAGAAGAAGUAUUUCAGCCUGGGCUUUUACAUCGUUGUCCUCCGAAUACGGGUGGUGUUGUUGGAAGAAUGCGAUCUUACCGAGUGGAUGAUACAAGUGAGAUAAUCAUGCGGGAUGCAGUCAGGCAAAAAUGGAAAAGUGAAAAAAUAUUUGGAACUAAACGGAAGCCCCUUCUUGAUAGAUCCAAAAAGCAGAAGGCUCCAUUGAGACCGUCAUCUAUUAGUCUGUUUUCUCCUGGCCAAUUGAAUCCUUCCAGAGGGGAUCACUUGGUUGUUGAUCACGAGGAAGAAGUAGUUGGGUAA